CACACACACACACACACACACACACACACACACACACACACACACACACACACACACACACACACACACUUACUUAGAGAAGAUCUAAUGCUUGAUAAUACAUUUCCAUCCUUGUUUCCCUUUAUUUUGACUUCCUCGUCCUGUUUUCGGCUUUAUUCCGUGGCUGUUCGGCGCUUUGGUUAAAUUUGGCAGGUCUGAGAUACAGGAUCGUGCUAUGGACUAUUAUGAGGAAUAUGACUCGACAUGGGAAGAAGACAAUGGCUAUGAGGACACUGGAGAGUGGUCAAUUAUUGCACACAGGAACACAUAUGCUGCAAAAGACAUGCAAAUCUUUAGACACAAGUCUAGGGAAACCUCCGAAAAACUUAAAGACUGGACAGAUGAUAUGAAUGACGACAAAGACUUACCGAAUUGGAAAUUUUAUACAAAUAAGAAAAAGUUCAACCCUGAUGGUGUGUACAUUGAUGAUUUUCACGAUUACUGGUUUGGUAAUUAUGACAAUCUGGAAUAUGUGCACUCCUACAUUCAAUGGUUGUUUCCAAUUCAGGAGAUGGGAAUGAACUUUGCAUCACGUGAACUAAGCCGAACAGAAAUUAAGCUGUUCCAUGCAGAUGAGGAGGUAAAGAAAAGACUGUUAAAGUCUUACAAGCUCAUGUUGGACUUUUAUGGAAUAGAGCUUGUCAAUGAGAAAACUGGAGAGGUGAAACGUGCACAAAACUGGAGAGAACGAUUUAAAAACCUAAACAGAAACACACACAACAAUCUUCGCAUCACCCGCAUCCUAAAGUGCCUUGGUUUACUGGGCUUUAGUCACUAUCAAGCACCGCUGGUUCACUUCUUCCUUAAGGAGACUCUGGAGCAUGACACACUUCCACGAGUAAAGCAGAGCGCUCUGGACUACUUUAUAUUUGCAGUUCUGGACAAGCGUCAACGAAAAGAUCUGAUCAGAUUUGCCUUCUGGCAUUUUUAUCCAAAAGAGAAAUUUGUGUGGUGUCCUAGAAGGAUUUCUAAUGCAUUCUUAAAGGAAGAAGGGCCACCGAACCUCGAAUUCAGUACUAGUCUUAGUGAAGUAGUGUCAAAUGAUUCGACCUCUCAGAGUGAUGAGAAUGAGCUGAAGAACAGCGGAGUACAAAAUGAAGAUGAUAUUGGAACAGGUGAAGGCACAAGUAAUGAUAAAUGUCACAGCAGCGAAAGCAGAAAUGAUAAGAAUGUGUCAGGUGUGUGUCAGGAGUCUGAAAAACCAGCGUUACCCACCCCUGGUGCAGAAAAUAUAAAUAUGACUAGCAUUAAUGAAAAUAAUGAAGCUCUGUCAGGAUUUAAUUCUCAGCAUGACAGUCACACAACUUCAGAAAGUCAAGCUACAAUCCAGAAGGAUGACGGUGAAGCAAGAAAUGAGAAAAACCCAAAUUCUGAACAAAAAGCUGCAGAGAAAUCAGAUAAGAAUGGUAGUGAUUACGCUGAAUCGUCUAAGCAGUCUGAGGUUCUGAGUGGUGAUAAAAACUUUGGCAAUAGCACAACCAGUUCGGAAAGCACUAAUGAAAACAUACAAACUGCAAAUCACAGCACGGAAAGCGAGAACGCCGCAAAAGAAACACCUCUAUCAGGGAGUGAGCAACAAGGUCAAGGAGACAAAUUGGAGCAAGGCAAUAAAGUUGAGUUAAUAUCAAAGGUUUCUGGAAACGAUUCCAAAGAAAACGGUUCAGAAGAAAACCAGAAGAGUGGCAGUGAAUCACCAGAAGACAGUGUGGCGACUGGACGUGGAACACACAAUGAGGCAAAUUCUGACGCACACUAUGAUGCAGAUAUGAAUAGUCAAAAAUAUACUGAAUCAGAUGGAAGCAUCGUGGGGAAACUGCAAGGAGGAGAACUGCAAAGCCAAGAAAAUGCACUGAAAAGAACAGAAGAAGUAGGUGAGAAGAAAAAAGAUGGAGUAAAUCAAUCUAUGGAAGACAGUCCUAUUGAGUUGAGUCCUAGCAAUGCUGUCACAUCAAACGAUAAUGAAUAUAUGGACUCCGUAGAUGUUAAGGAUGGAAAGAACACUGAAUCUGAACCAGCCAUGGCUCCGGUUAGUGAUGUUAACUCCUUUCAGGUUAUUCCUGGUAAGGACACAGAGACAGGAGAGGGCAAUGAAGAAAAGUCAGAAAUCGGGGGUGUGAAAGAUGGAGGAAAUGAACAAGAGGUGAAUAUUGUUUGAGCAGAGAUGUUUAAGAGAUCAUGUUUAAGGCUAUAGGGUAUGAUAUGAUUGUUUAUGAUUUCAGUAUUCCUUGUCAAAAUUCGUGUUGGAGUCAGAGCCAAUCUCAGGAACAGGUGGUAACGCACCCUGAAUGGAACAAUACAAAUCUCAUCUAUUUUAUUAAUCUGAACAAGAAAAGGAUUUAUAUUAAUAUAAGAUUAAUAGUUUUUAAAGUUAAAAUCGUUUUCUUUUUUAUGUGCUGUGGAUUGCUGCAAAUGUAUUAAAACUAAUAAGUGUAGACUAUAUAAAUGAUGUAGUAAUUUUGAUUUUGUCAGAGAAUGUGUUUAAUAAACGGCAUAAAUUAA